UCCACACGGCCCUUUCCGUAAACCGCAUUCCUUAUCACAUUACACAACCAAACCGCUCCCUUUUAAACUCUUAGCUCUCCCUUUCGCCCAAAAUUUAAUUUCAGUUCCGUAGAAGACGUGGUUGAUGCUCAUGCUUACUUACAAGCUUAGCUUUUGACUGCGCAUAAGUUUUAACCUUCCUUCCUUGGAUCCCUGCCUCUUCAUUCCGCUUCCAGCGUUCUCUAUGAUAAGUCACUCAUAAACUUGGGAGGUAACAUAGACUUAAGAUUACGACUUUCCAUCAGCCUAGACCGUGUCUUUCGGGGCCUAAAAUAGAGUACUAGUAUUAUCUUUAUUACAACGUGACCUUCAUGCUCCAUCCUCUUGUGCCAUAGUUUUUCAGAUACACUAGUUUCCUUCCGACACCACUUUCUUCCUUAAUAACUGCGAAAAAAAUUUAUACCUUCCAAUCACCCACCCAAAAGUUAGGGACUUCAAAUUUUAUAUGAAGAUGUGAGAUUGAUUAAUUCCCUAGUGAAGGGGUCUGGGGUCAUGUCUUUCGGUGGGUUAAGUAUUGCUUUAAGUCUUGUAUUUGGGUGUCUUCUGCUGGCUCUGUGUGCUCAGCUUUACUACUUCUUAUGGUGGAAGAAGAGAAGGACACAGAUGGAUAUUGAGAUGGAUGCAAAAGGGGUGUUUUAUUGGGGGUGCUGGAAGGCCACCCCUUGUGCCAUGAUGCAUGGUGGCAACAACACUGGAAGAGGGGGUGUGAAUAGCAGGGACAUAGAAAGCACAACAAGAAGUCAUCAUGAACCAGAUAUGGAGUUGGAUUUGCUGCACAAGUCCUUUGGAGAAGAGAGUACUGUGGAGUCAGAGUUGAUGAGGCUGCACAAUCUGGCUGGCCCACCAAGGUUUCUCUUCCCAAUCAAAGAGGAAACUAAAGAAGAUUUGGAGUCUGAAGAUAGGAGCAGAAAGGGGUCAAGAACAAGGAGUUUGAGUGAUCUCAUGUUGACAAUUGACACCCCUUUUCUUACCCCUGUGGCUUCCUCGCCUUUGAAGUGUUGUUCUCUGCCUGUGGACCCUCUUCAUUCUUAUAAGCAUCAAGGAUUCAACCCUCUCUUUGAAUCCUCGACUGAAUUAGACUACAACAGGUUUAGAUCCUCGCCACCUCCGAAAUUCAAGUUCAUGAGGGACGCGGAAGAGAAGUUGCAUAGGAAAUUGAUGGAAGAGGCGGCGAGGAGAAAGGCUGUGGAUAAUGUCCAAGAAUGUUGUGGGCUUAUUAAAGAUUCUUGUUCUAAUGAAACAUUGGCCACGGAUUUUAGUGACGGCUCCUUUCUUAAGUUCAUUCAGAACAACAAAGACACAACAACAGAACGCAAACAGCUUCAACAAUAUCUACCACAGUUUCCUUCAGGUUCAUCUCAGAUUCUCCCGUUGGCAUCUUCUCCUACAACAUUCAGACCACUUGAAAAGGCAUCCGUUGUGCAUUAGUUUUAGUUCCAUACAACUAGGCUUCUGUUAUUUUUUCUUUUUUGUUUCAUAUUAUGUUAAUUAGAUUAAUUUUUCUAAAUGAUGACGACUCUGCUAAUUUUUAAUGUUUUACAAAGCAUUUGGUAAUUGAUAGCCCCCCCCCCCCCCCCCCCCCCCCACUUUUAUUUUUUAUUUUUUAUUGAAUCUCUUGUGUGAUUUGAAAUGAUUGCUAUGGUCAAUAUGCUGCAAAUUUGCUCAUGGUGUGCCAACAAAUAGAAUGCAAACUGACAUGGGCUUCAAGAUGCUGGUUAUUGAGCAAAGGACUCAGUGGGACAACGUGGUUUUGUCCAUUAUUAUUCCCCAUGUUUGUUCUGACUUUAACCUGUGUUUAUCAAUCAUGUGAAUGAUGCUUGUUUGCUACUACCAAAUUCUUAA